GACAAUUUUAAUGUAAUUUAAGAGAAGUCAUGUAGCAUAGCUUUCUGAGGGUGGCAGUGAAAGAGAAAGUAAUAAUGGAACCCAAAUCCUUGAGAAAAAAAUUGCCAGAAGCAAGCAGAGAGUGAGGUAAAGAAAGUGAAAAGAGAAUUGGGAAGCUAGGGGAGGGCAUUCAGAAAGGGGAAAGUUGUGUUUGACACUAUUUAAGAUAGAUGCAUACAGCAGGGUUAUCAGAGAACCUACAGGGGAAGACUCAAACACGCUGCUCAGAGAGUCAUCAGAAUCUGCAAGAUCCACGAUGGCUAUGGUUUGUGCAUUCCUCACGAUUCUGGUAGUUAUGAGCCACUGGUCAACCUGCUGUCUAGGAUGUAACCUGCCUCGCACUCACAACCUCACAGUCCUGAAACAAAUGAGUCGACAGUCCCCUGUCUCCUGCCUGAAGGACAUACAAUACUUUGAACUCCCUUUGGAGAAGGUGGAUGCCCAGCAGAUCCAGAAGUCUCAAGCCAUCUCCGUCUUGGAAACCCUGACUCAGCAGGUCCUGACCCUCUUCGAAUCAGAGGAGUCACGUGCUGCUUGGAAUGAAACCCUCCGAUUGUCAUUCUGCAAUUACCUUUACCAGCAGCUCAAAGAUCUUGAAGCCUGUCAGAAUCAGCAGGUUGGAGUGCAGGAAGUUCCCUUGACCCAGGAACCCUCCUGGCUGGCUGUGAGGGAAUACUUCGGCAGGAUCACCAUGUACCUGAAACAGAAGAAACACAGCCCCUGUGCCUGGGAAGUGGUUAGAGUAGAAGUCGGGAGAGCCCUGAUUUAUUCAGAUAUGUUCCUGGCAAAACUGAGUGAAGAGAAGGAAUGAGUUCUGAGACAAAGUGGAGAGGAUUCUCCUGGACUACAACAUUGCAUCUCACAUUAUGAGCAAUUAUUUUCAAUAUGUUAAACUCUUUUUGUAUCUGCAUCCGUUUGGUUAUUUAUUUAUUUAUUUAUUUAUUCAUUGAUUGAUUGAUUGAUUCAUUUAUUUAUUUAUUAGAAUGCUAUAAUGUAUGUUAAGAUAUUUAUGCUAAAUCUUUUAUUC